CCUACCCCCACCUCUUGCUCCUCCACCGCCCUGGCUUUCUCUAGCUCCAACCGCCGAGGGAGUCGGAGCCGGAGUCGGAGCCGGAGCCGGGGCUCGAGUCGGGGCCGAGCUGCCCCCUUCCCUGCCGGGCACUGCGGGCCGAAAGCGAGGGCCACCAUGGGGAGCCCCGGGGGCGGAGCGCGCUGAGGCCCGGGUUCCCUCGGGGGGCGCCUGAGUCCAGGUGAAAAACCCGGUCCUGGUGCCUGGCACAGCGAGUCCGGGGGCUGCUCCCGCCGCCAGACAACAUGGCCCACCUGAGGGAGUUUGCCAACCAGCACUCGCGCGUGGACCCCGAGGAGCUCUUCACCAAGCUCGAGCGGAUCGGGAAGGGCUCCUUCGGAGAGGUGUACAAGGGCAUCGACAACCGCACCAAGGAGGUGGUGGCCAUCAAGAUCAUCGACCUGGAGGAGGCCGAGGACGAGAUCGAGGACAUCCAGCAGGAGAUCACGGUCCUCAGCCAGUGCGACAGCCCCUACAUCACGCGCUACUACGGCUCCUACCUGAAGAGCACCAAGCUGUGGAUCAUCAUGGAGUACUUGGGUGGUGGGUCAGCCUUGGAUCUGCUGAAGCCCGGGCCUUUGGAGGAGACCUACAUCGCCACCAUCCUGCGGGAGAUCCUCAAGGGGCUCGAUUACCUCCAUUCCGAAAGGAAGAUCCACCGGGACAUCAAAGCUGCCAACGUGCUCCUGUCCGAGCAGGGCGACGUGAAGCUGGCCGACUUCGGGGUGGCCGGGCAGCUCACGGACACGCAGAUCAAGAGGAACACCUUUGUGGACCCUUUCUGGAUGGCACCCGAAGUCAUCAAGCAGUCCGCCUACGACUUCAAAGCAGACAUUUGGUCCCUGGGAAUCACAGCCAUUGAGCUGGCCAAAGGAGAGCCGCCCAACUCGGACCUUCACCCCAUGAGGGUUCUCUUCCUGAUCCCCAAAAACAACCCCCCCACCCUGGAGGGGCACCACAGCAAGCCCUUCAAAGAGUUUGUGGAGGCCUGUCUCAAUAAGGACCCGCGGUUUAGGCCCGCGGCCAGGGAGCUGCUGAAGCACAAAUUCAUCACGCGCUACACCAAGAAGACGUCCUUCCUCACCGAGCUGAUCGACCGCUACAAGCGCUGGAAGUCGGAGGGCCGGGGGGAGGACUCCAGCUCGGAGGAUUCUGACAUUGACGGAGACGCCGAGGACGGCGACCAGGGCCCCAUCUGGACGUUCCCCCCGACCAUCCGCCCGAGCCCCCACAGCAAGCUGCACAAAGGCAUGGCCCUGCAGGCCUCCCAGAAGUCCGCAGAGCCCAUCAAACGGCAGCCACGGUCCCAGUGCCUCGCCACCCUUGUCCGGCCUGUCUUUGGAGAGCUCAAAGAGAAGCACAAGCAGACGGGAGGCAACGUGGGAGCCAUGGAGGAGCUGGAGAACGCCUUCAGCUUGGCUGAGGAGUCUUGCCCGGGCAUUUCCGACAGACUGAUAGCACAUCUGGUGGAACGGGUCCAGAGGUUCUCCCAUAGCAGGAACCACCUGACGUCGGCUCGCUGACAGGCGUGGGGAAGGCGGCCGGUGAUGGGCCGUUCCCCAGCUUCCUAAGAACUGACCUCAAACCCUUGCGCUCUGCCUCUGGGGGCCCCACCGCCGGGCCGGGCCCCACAGCGGGCUUGGGGCGCCUCCAUCGGCAGAGAGCCAUCGUCCUUGUCGUUGUCAUUGUUGCUGUCGUUCCUCUUCUGAUCUGGGCGGGGGGGCCCGCCCGCGGGCAGCGGUUCCCCAGACGGGCGAGGUGGGCGGGGGGGCACUGGGUGCUGGCUGGGCGCCCCGGCCUCCCCCUCCCCAGUUUGCCGGGCGGAGGCCGAGUCGGGCGGCUGGUCCUUGCCAUGUUCUGGGAGAAGGUGGGAGGGGUAUGAGCAGCAGCUCAGAGAUGGCAGCCCCGCCCUCCUACCCCCACUUGGGGCACAAGGACCUUCAGAUGAGGGGGGUGGUUGGCCCCUCCUCCCUCCCCCCCCCCCCGCUGACUGGGCCCCUUUGGGGGCAGAAUGCAUUCUGCCCCCAAGGCCCCCUCCCCCACCCCGGUCCUGUCUUGUUUGUGAUGGUGGUGUGGGGUCAGGCCCCGAGUGUUCGUCCUCAGCGCCGGAACCCCCGCGGCGGGGGCGGCGCGUGUGUCAGAGCUAGAACCCUCACUUGUGUCCUCCAGUAUUCAGAUACAGAUGUGGAAGGGAUGCUUUCAAUAAAGAAAUGACCCGA